UGUUCAACCUUAAGAGGAAGGAAGGCCACAGAGCUCUGAAGGUCACGUUAUCUGCAGAGCAAACACUCUGCAACACAUUUUGGUGAAAAGAGUAAAAGAGUGCAUUUAAUACUUCCUGUAAGAAUUCACAUGCAGGUGCAUGAAAACCUCACCAUCUCUCGACCUCACUAACACCUUUUGGUUCAGUUUCAGGUUUGGGUUAAAGUCACGUGUGUCUGUUUCUUUAGCGUUUGUUAUCUGUGGACGUUUUCAGUUUGGGUGAAGGUGUGAUCCUCUGUCUUAUGCAGAUGCACGAGAAGGUCAGCACUGACCUGAGCGUGGUCCCCGAGAACGAGCCUCUGGAUUCGGACACGGAGGCCGAGAAGAACCUGAUGGAACGUAUCAAGUCCAUCAAACAGGAGAAAGAGGAUCUUGCCUGUCGCCUGCCAGAGAUGGAGCAGCCCGGUUCAGACCAGGAGAAUCUCGACUCCGAAGCCUCGCUGAGCUCCGAGAGCCUCUUGGACGAGCAGCAGCGCUCGGCUCACAGCUCGGAGCCUGAAGGUCUGGACCAGUGAUGGUGAAGGUGGGCGGUGACGUCUGCUCUGUAGCAAAGCAGGACGCGGUGCUCAUCAGCUGAGGAGAUCCAAACCGCUUUGUCUUCCCAAACUUUCAGAUCCG